AUGCACCGCAAGUACUUCCCGUGCGAAAUCGACCACCUCGUCCAGCUGUGGAUUUGCCUUGUAAAGAUCAGCGCCACGCUAGGCACAGUACUAUCGUCGUGUUACACGGCAAAGUCGCCGGGCCCAACGCAGCAACAGAUGGACGCGAUGGAGCACGAAAUCGCAGCGCACCUUUCUGAAAUCCCAAGCGAGGGCCAUGGGAGCGAGCUCAAGAUGAUAUACUUGCACCAGAUCCGGCUGUGUCACGAGUGUGCCAUGCCUGCCUUUUGCGCAGACCUCUCACAUCAAGUUGCGCCUAACCUCGACUGCUACAGAGCAGCAAUAAUCGUCCUGUACCUUUCUCAGAGCCAAGGCCUGCACCGCGGGGGAUCAAGAGAAAUCGAGCACCAAGCGGAGCACCGGGCCAUUCAUGAAGACGAGGCGGGACUUGCGGGCAUCGGGGAGAAUCCUGCCGUGCCGCCGGAGUUGCUGCAUUCGGACAUGUUGCCAAUGAUGUCGCCGGACGGGGAGUUUUCGCUACACGAACAGUUGCUUUGGUUGUAG